GGAGCGCGCGCCCCUACCCUGCGGCUCCCGGCUGAGAGCAUCGGCCCGGGUUCCUGCACCUCGUCCUCGCUGCUCGCUUUCCACCGCGGCCUGGCGGUUCCAACCCGAGAGGCGUGAACCCUGAGGACAGGGAGGACACCCAGUGAAAUGCAUUCCUGACCUGAUUGGACCAGAGAAACAAAAAAAGAAGUAUCCAGAUCUCUCAGCCCUGUUGUGCAGGUGGAUGUCACAUUCAAACGCUGAAGAUGGCAGCCACUGACCUGUCCUCAAUAUGGGCUCUGCCUGCACAGGACCCUGCCUGUUUCUGUAUGAAAAAUACUAAGGGGGAAAAGAUAGCACCAGGAUUCCCAGCAACUUGGUUACAGGGACCAAUGUCUUUUAAAGAUGUGGCUGUGGAGUUCACCCAGGAGGAGUGGAUGAUGCUGGACUCUGCUCAGAGAAGUAUGUACAGAGAUGUGAUGCUGGAAAACUAUAUAAAUCUCACCUUAGUGGAAUAUCAAUUAUGCAAGCCUGUGAUCUCACUGUUGGGUCAAGAAGACAUAAGAACUAUGAAAAGCAGAAUUCCCCAAGGCACCUGUCCAGACUGGGAGAUUCAAUUGAAAACCAAAGAGUCAACUUCUAAUCAGAAUAUUUUGGGUGAAAAAUCAUCUGGUGGCAUGAAAAUAAUAAGAUUCACAAUGGAUGAUUGGUCUUGUACAUUAAAAGAAGACUGGGAAUGCAGUAGAAUCAGAAAACAGCACAAGAUCCCAGAGGGAAUUUUGAGGCAAGUGACAUUUACUCAAAAGAAAACAGCAUCUCAGGAGAGAUUCUUUGACUAUUAUGAAUUAGAGGAAAACUCUAAACUUAGAUCAGCACUUGUUUUUUCAAGGAGAGUUUCCACCAGUAAACAUUGCCAUAAAUGUUACUUAAAUAUUGAGUGUUUGAAGCAUAAUCCAAUCCUAAACAAUUAUGAAAAUAUCUCUGUAAGUGAGAGAGUCUGUGAAAGUCACAAAUAUGACAGAACUCGGUGGCAUCUUGAAAGAACUCAGAUAGCACAGAAAGUGUACACAUAUUGCAAAUGUGAUACACACUUCAAACAUAAUAAUAUGCUACCUAUAUGCAACAAUUUUCACAUGGUGGAGAAUUCCUAUGAAUGUAAUAAAAACAAUAUCUUUUGUUAUCAUUCAUCCCUUGAACAACAGGAGCAAACUCCUACUGAAGAGAAACAUGAAUGUAAUCAGUGUGGAAAAACUUUCAAAAGGAUUUCUAAUCUUAUUUUGCACAAGAGAAGUCACAUGAGUGAGAAACAAUAUGAAUGUAAAGAAUGUGGGAAAGUCUUCAAUGAUUCCUCAACCCUAAGGAGACAUGUAAGAACUCACACUGGUGAGAAACCUUAUGAAUGUAAUCAGUGUGGAAAAGCUUUCAGUCAAAAAACAUCUCUUAAGGUUCAUGUGAGAACUCACACUGGAGAGAAGCCUUAUGAGUGUAAUCAUUGUGGAAAAUCCUUUGGUACAAGUUCUUACCUUAUAGUGCACAAGAGAAUACACAGUGGGGAGAAACGCUAUGAAUGUGAUGACUGUGGAAAAGCCUUCAACACAAGCUCUCACCUUAAAGUUCACAAGAAAAUACACACUGGAGAGAAUCUUUAUGAUUGCACUGACUGUGGGAAGGUUUUUAGUGGUCUCUCAUCUCUUAGAAUGCAUGUGAGAACUCAUACAGGGGAGAAACCCUACGAAUGUAAGGAAUGCAGGAAAACCUUCAGUGUUUCCUCUUCUCUUAGAAGACAUGUGAGAACUCACACUGGAGAGAAACCCUAUGAAUGUAUUCAGUGUGGAAAAACCUUCAGUCAGAGUUCUUCACUUAUUAUACAUAAGAGAAUUCAUACUGGAAGAGAAACCCUGUAACAGUAAAGAAUGUGAGGUUGCCUUUUUCAUUGUCUUAAGGUGGAUUUCAAGGUCAUUGUUUCAGUGUUUGUUCUUUACAAUAAGCAUUUGAGGCUAUCAAUAGUACUAUAAACACACCUUUAGCUAUAUAACACGUUUUGGUCUAUGAUAAUUUGUUUUGUUUUAAAUCUAAGUGUUGUCUAAUAUUUACUAUGACAUUAAAUCUUUUUUGAUCCAUAACUUUAAAAUUAUGUAUUUUUAAUGUUUGCAGUUACCUUAUUGAUUUUUAAGUUAACUGUAUUUAAGUUCAAAGUAUCUGAACUACAUGAUACUACUUUACUAGCAUUUUUCUGAGAGUUGCUUUCUGGUCUGGUGUGACAGAUAUUGCUAGUAGCCAAAUGAAUAUUCAGUUCAUCCCUCCCUACUGGCAAUCCUGUUUUAGGUUAUAAUAUCAAUGUGUCUAAUUACAGAACUCUUUUCAGCUGCUUUGCUGCCAUGUGGAUCCAUUCCCCUCAUUCCUGAUGAAUCAAAUAUAGACAGUAUUACUGGGGACAGAUCUAUCUAGUGUUUUCUCUUUGCCUUUUGCACUUUGUCAUUCUAUCUUCCCUAGUCUUCUCCCUUUGGAUUUUGCACUCAUAGAGCUGAAUGAGCCAUCUUGUGACGCAGGAGGAUGACAAGCCUGGAAUAAAUAAGGAUGAUGUCAGAGAGAUCCUGGUUUCACAAAGAUAUCUUCAAACAGUUGUGCCUGCACUACACUGCUUGUAUUUGGGCAUAUUUUUAUGAGAAAAAUAAGCUUAUUGGAAUAGAGUCAAUACAGUAACCUUGUUUUUAAAAAAGGCAAAGGUCACAAGGUUUGUAGAGUUAAAUAUUUUAUGCAGACUGUACAAAUUUGGAUAAGAACAUAGAAAAGGGAGGAAUGGAAGUGAUAUGUUGAUAGAACUUUUGGGCUUAGUGUAGAGUGGAUGGAGCUGAGGUCAUUGAAAGCAGGUGUCAGAGAGGCAGGAAGGAAAUCCCAACAUUUCAGCAUGAGAAAACCAGUGAGUCUUCAAGUAAAGGGGACGUUACCAAUUUUAAAUGCUGAAUGAACCCUUGAGAUUUGCUACUUGGCCUUACAGAUACUGACCAGAGUAGCUCCAAUUUAUUAAGAAAAUACAGAAAGAGGAACUUAUGGUGGAAGAAAAAAAGCAGUAGUCACAAUUUUAGCCUUGCUCACAUUAUAUGAGACAUUAGAUUUGCAGGCUUAUAUGUUGUUCUGGACCUGAGGAGAUGUCUAGGAUGGAGAUAUAAUUUUAGCAACAUCAGGAGAUAGACUGGGUAAUGGGUUUUGUGGAGGUGACUAAAAUUGCACAGGGAAAAUAGAUGGUGUGAAAAGAGAAUGUCUACCACUAACCAUGGAGACCUAUAUCUAAAGUAAGUAAAACUAGAGUUUUACUAAACCAGGACAAAUUAGUGUUUGAAGAAGGAAGGUAAAAUCGGUUGUUUAAAUGCUACUAUGAGGUUAAAUAGAUGAAUUCUUAAACAACAACAACAACAUAGCAACAUGAAGAUUAUUGUUGAUUGUAAAUACUGAAUGGUAUGUUGAGGAUGGGUGGUAGAUUGGGAUGAAUUUAAUGAUAAAGGAUGAGGAAGUAAAGAAUAAACAUGGACAAAUUUGGAUAGCAGGAGAAAGAUAGGGAAGUUGAUGAAAAGAGAUUUGGUCAAGGUGUUAUAGCCAAACGUUCCAGGAAGCAAACUCAAUCAGAAGGACAGCGUGGAUAGUGGAGUGCAGUUUAUUUAUUUUUUUAAAGCUUUAUUAAUUUUGGCUGUGCUGGCUCUUAGUUGCAGCACUCAGGAUCUUUUAAUUGUGGCAUGUGGGAUCAGCAUGCAAACUCUUAGUUGUGGAAUGUGGGAUCUAGUUCCCUCACCAGGGAUUGAACCCAGGCCCCCUGCAUUGGGAGCAUGGGGGCUUAGCCUGGACCAUUCCUUCUGGUUCUGGAAAGUCUAGGUAUGGGGUCAGGCUGGCCUGGUUUUUAUCCACCCAGGAGGCCUGCUCGGCUGUUGGCAUUUUAUCUCUAUGGCUUCCCAGGUAUGCAUUCCAAAGUUCACUGAGAGUGUAAGAUGGAGUUCCUUUUCUUUUAAAAAUGGAGUCAGUCCAGUCAGGGCAACCAGCUCCUUUCCUUCUUCAAAUGGAAAAUAUUUUUUAAAUAAUGAAAAACUAGGACAUGUUUAAUUCUUAAUGUCAUGUAUCCAGUAUGGAGGGAUUAAAUGUGCCAGCAUAAGAUGAGGGACUGUCAGUACCAUUAAGUUCUGAGAAGCGGAAAGAGGAAUCUGUGAGCACAGAUAGAAGGAUUGAUGUUUUCUACCAGAAGGGAUACUUCUACCAUUCUCUCAAAAGGAAAGAUUUUAAUUACCUCUUGAUUUACUUAUAUCUAAGAGCUGUCUUAAGAGUAUCUGAGCUGUACAAUACAGCUUGUUUGGUUUCUUAACUACUUUCUGGCCCAGUGUGGCAGAUGACUGCUAAUUGCUAUGUUUCCUCCUUCUCCUUUACUAACAGUAGCCCAGUUUUGCUUAUAGAACAUGUGUCCAGUUACAAAACUCCUUAUCCCAGGCAGGCUCCAUGGCCAAGAUGAGUCAUUCCCCCUGUUCUUGGCCAACAGAAAGAAUAUAGAAAUGAGACUAUAGAUUUCAUGCCAAGAUAAUCUGCUAAGAGUAAAAUGAAUGGAAGACUGGUCAGAGGCUUUAGAGAAGAAGACUAUGUAUGUGAAAGCGAUCCCCCCCCUGCCCCUGCUCCAGUAACCAGUAGGCCUCUCCUGGAGAAGACAGUAAAACAAACAGGAAAGUCUAAGUGAAUGAUGAGAGUCCUGUUGAAUAGAAGAUAACAACAAAGAAGAGAGAAAGUUGUAACUAGCUGGUAUGAGCCUCAAAGAGUUUUUUCGCUUUUGGGGUUUUUGUUUUGUUUUUUACAAGAGGUAGCAAUUGAUUAGAAGCAGCCUAUAGAUACAGAGUACAUGGGAAUAAAUAGCCCUUUGGUGUGAUUGUUGUUGAGUAGGUUUUUUUCCAGGCUUCCCUGGUGGCUCAGUGGUAAAGAACCCACCUGCCAAUGCCAAUGCAGGAGAUGUAAGAGAUGUGGGUUUGAUCCCUGGGUCAGGAAGAUCCCCUGGAAGAGGGUAUGGCAACCCACUCCAUAUUCUUGCCUGGAGAAUAUCCCAUGGACAGAAGAGCCUUGUGGGCUACAGUCCAUGGGUCUCAAAGAGUCAGACACCACUGAAGCAACUUAGCAUGCACACAGAGUUUUUGCCAGGGGGUAGCCAAGUUUGUUAAUGCAAAGAAUUGAAGGGAAUUUGUAGGUAAGUUAUUGAGGAAUAAAGGAGUUUAUUUAUCACUCAGGGAAAUCUCAGAGGGCACCAUGGAAAGUUUCCAGAAGGGCAGGAAUUUGGAGUUUAUGACUGUGGCAUGAGGAAUACAGAAGAUUGUCAUGAUGCCUAUACAGACAAAAUAUCAGAGCUGAGGGUAGGCUGUUACUGGACUGUGACCAAUGAAAACAAAAUUUAUAGGGGCCUAGAUUAAAUCCUAGCAGGUUCUAAGAUGAUGGAUAUUCUAAUAGGAUUCACACGUAGCUUGGAAAUAUCAGGUCGGUUUAUUUCCCUCCUUCAGUUCUUGUCUCAACAAAGAUUUGGAAUGACGGACUAAUUAUAGCUCAAGCAGGAUUUCUAGGCUCCUAUUUCAUCAUAGCAAGGCUUUGAGACAACAGACUGGUUAUAGCUCAAGAAGACAAAUCUUUUAUUUAACAGACAGAGGACAGUACACUUCCUAGAUGUGAGAGCAGGCCAGCCCCGAAGGAUUGGCCACAAGCCCUCUUGGCUUCCCUUUUUAUUCUCCCCAUCUCCUCCUCUUGAUUCUGCCCUGUGCAAAAUAGGGCUUAUAUCCACCACCAGUCAGGAAAGGGAAUGCAAAUAGGCAUACACUCAAGGCCAGUUGAUAGUUGCAGGUUACAUAACAAGACUCUAUUGUGCAUGUCUUUUCCACAACUCAGUCUGCUAUAAUCAGAUGUAUGUAUGUUUAGGAUAUUUAUGAAUCUUUAAUGGGCUCCUAGCUGCCUAAGGUUACUUGAGGACACAGCUGCAUGUGCCGGAGUUGGAGAAGCCCCUGUGGUUAGUUUGUAUCCACUGUGUGCCUGGAGCACAUGUUGCUGUGUUUUAUUUCUAUAGCAUGUCUGUGAGUUCUUCUUGCCAUGCCUGGGGUGGGGAUUAGAAAUCAGCUUGCAUCCUUUUUGGCUAGGACACCCCUUGUUGCUUGCUCAUGCUUAACUUCCUAGCUAACCUUUCUAGGUGGAGCACCUGCAGCCAUGCUAUGGCACCAAAUAUUCCUUUUGUUCAUUAGGUAUUUGCAGCCCUCCAUGGUAUAACAGUAGCAGGCAGCAGUUAGAAAAGAAUCCCAAAUGCAUGUGGUCCUUGCAUGAGGAGAUCUUCUUAAAUGAUGUUUGCAAAGGAGUUGUGGUCUGCUUAAAUGGGGGUUGGGAUUUAUGUACUAGUUUUGGCUCACCAAUAACUUGGUACACCAGCAGCUGUGGACUCAGGCCCAGUCUCACCCAGCAUAUUUCACCUUGGUUUUUUCUUUUUAUAAAAAUUGAGUCAUAGCUUUCAUAUCUUUUUAAAAAGCAUAUCUUUCUAUAUCAGGGCAGGCUGUUUCAUUCUUUCAUUUAUUUCAUUCAAAUAGCUUAGUAUUUGACUAUGUGGAUAUACUAUAAUGUACAUUUAAUCCAUUUUCUCUUCCAGAUAUUUUGUAAUAACAACCAAUACUGCAUGAAUAAGAUUGUUAAUAUAUUUUGCUUUCCUUUCAUCUGUACUUCACACUGCUCCCAGGGUGAUUAGUGUAAGGUACUAAUCUGAUUGUAUUACUUUUCACUUUUAAAUACUCCACUGUCUUUUCCCUUCUUUUUAAUGUUUUACAAGACCUUUUAUGCUCAAACUUUUACCUGUCUUUUCAGGCCACAUCCCUUGCUACUCCAUCUCUUCACUCUCUCUCUGGACCUUAACCUGGCCUGUUCAUCCUUUAGGUAUUGUAUCCUAUAUCUGCUCUAACAUACUUUUCACACUUUCACAGAAUUUCCUAUUUAAUUAUGUAUCUUACUAAACUUUAAGCUUUGGUAAGAUGGGAACUCUAACUUGUUAAUUGUUUUAUUCCUAGUACUUGGCCCGUAAUAGGUACUCUUUUAAAUAUUUGUAUCUCCCCCACCCCCCCAAAUUAUGUGUCUUUUGUUUACUUAGUGUUUCAGUGGAGGAUGAACUUAAAAUAAGAAUUGGGUUUUAAGUGAUUGUAUAAGGUAAAAAUUGUGUGGAAUCAAAAUUUCUUUUCUCUUUUCUCUUUAAGCACGAGAGUCACAGUCAGCAUAGCAAGAUAUUCCAACAAUUGACGGGCAUGCAGAAACUAAGACUGUUAAGAGAACUGUAGCUUAAUUAUUCAUGUUCCCUCCCCCUGCCUCCUCCAUCCUCAAGUUCAUAUACUUUGGUCACUGUUCAUAGAAAAGGAGUGAAAUGACCCAAACACUGGUGAUGGUGCUGUGUUCUUUAGGCUACUGAUGGAAGCAAAAAUUCAUAAAACCUUUCUGGGGGACAGGUAAGCAGUAUAUGUGCAGAGUGAGAAUAUUCCUAGCCUUUAAUCUAGCAAUUUUUUCUUAGCUUUUAUGGAAGAAUCCUUCAUUUAAACAUGUAUAAGUAACAGCAGUCACCUGAGUUUCAUACUGUAGUGAAAAACUAAAAUUCCUAAAUUCCCGAUAACAGCUAAUUGUUUUUUUAAAAUUAUGUAUUUCCAUAAAAUGGAAUAUAAUGUGGUCAUUAAAAUGUUCUGUAUUUAUUGACAACUGGGAAUAUACUGUAUUUUUAUUUUUAAGUUGUUGCUAUUGUUCAGUUGCUAAGUCAUUUCCAAUUCUUUGCAACCCCAUGGACUGCAGGACGCCAGGUUCCUCUGUCCUCCACUCUCUCCCAGAGUUUCCUCAAAUUUAUUACCAUUGUGUGACUGAUGCUAUCUAUCCAUCUCAUCCUCUGCUGCCCCCUUCUUCUUUUGCUUUCAGUCUUUCCCAGCAUCAGGGGGCCAAACUACUGGGGCUUCAGCUUCAGCAACAGUCCUUCCAAUGAAUAUUCAGGGUUGAUUUCCUUUAGGAUUGACUGGUUUGUUCUUGCAGUCCAAGGGACUCUCAAGAGUCUUCUCCAGCACUACAAAACAGCAAUUCUUCGGUGUUCAGCCAACUCUGAGCAGUUAUGGUCUGAGAGUAUAACUCUGAGAGUUAUGAUCCAACUCUCACAUCCAUACAUGGCUACUAGAAAAACUGUAGCUUUGACUAUACGGCAAAGUGAUGUCUCUGCUCUUUAAUACACUUUCUAGGUUUGCCAUAGCUUUCCUUUCAAGGAGCAUUCAAGCAUCUUUUAAUUUCAUGGCUGUGGUCACCAUUCUCAGUGAUUUCGGAGCUGAAGAAAAUAAAAUGUCACUGUUUCCACUUUUUCCCAUUCUGUUUGCCAUGAAGUGAUGGGACUGGAUGCUAUGAUCUUAGUUUUUUUAAUGCUGAGUUUCAAGCCAGCUUUUUCAUUCUCCUUUCACCCUCAUUAAUAGGGUGAAAAGUUUUCACUCUCUGUCGUGAGAGUGGUAUCAUCUGUGUAUAUGAGGUUGUUGCUAUUUCUAACAGUAAUCUUGAUUCCAGCUUGUGAGUCAUCCAGCCUGGCAUUUCACAUGAUGUCCUCUGCAUUUAAGUUGAGUAUAACCAUGUUUUUGUUAAAAUAUAUAUUGUGAAUAUGUGUGUAUAUAUGUGCAUUGAAAAGAAUAUAUUCCAAAAUAUUAUCA